AUGGAUCAAGGCCAGGCGAACUGCCAGCAACUCCGUGUGAACCACAGCAUGCCUGGAGACCUGUUCCAGGGGCACUCUUGCCAGGAGAAACGCAAGAUCAGAGGUUUAGAGCAGCUUAACACUAUUGAUUUUCCUGCAGCAGCAAUCCUGUCGAAGGCUUCAUGUGACCUGUAUCGAAUCGUCCUGAUCGAAGAGCCAAAGACCUGGGCAGAAGCGCAAUCGUACUGCAGGGAGAAAUGCACGGAUCUGGCGACAGUUCAGAGCGAUGAAGACAGAGCCAAACUAAAGGAGGCAGCAGAUGCUGUGAACUUUACAUCUGUCGCCUGGAUCGACUUCUACAGAUUCAUUUGGCAUUGGUCGUAUCAACUCACGCCGAUCAGCUAUUCAAUGUGGGAUUCCUUUCAGCCGGACUUGUCCAACACAAUCGAGGCCUGUGGGGCUGUAUAUAGCAACGGACGAUGGGGUGACAGAGACUGUUCUACUAAAGACAACUUCUUCUGCCAAACUGACAAUCAGGACACACUUCAGGACAAGUUUCAGCACAUUGAAACGAGCAUGACCUGGACUAAUGCUCAAAUGCACUGCAGAACACACUACGUAGACCUGGCCGCCAUUACAGACGACACAGAGAACGCGUUCCUCGCAAACAUACUUUCUUCACUGAAGCUCAACGAUGCUUGGAUCGGCCUGUACAAGAUCCCAUGGCUGUGGUCGGAUAAGAGAAGUGUAUCAUGGUUCUUUCUGAAAUGGGAGUCUGGACAGCCUGAUAACGUGAAGGGAAACGAGGAUUGUGCGAGAGCCAAUACUGAAGGACUGAUGGCUGAUGACAACUGCUCGACUCCACUGCCUUUCUACUGCCGCGAAAACAGGAAAAUACAGCGUGUGAGAUUCACAGUCAAAUCAGACGGACAUCUGGACGAAUCCGCAGUGAUGGAGGCCAUAGAGAAGAAGAUGAAGCAGAUCCUCUCAGAUCAGCACAUGAAAAUCAGAUCCAGCAUAACAUGGAGCGUCCAACCUGACGGGAAGAUCUUCCAGCGGCAGAAAACACAAGAAAACACACAAAAGAAGAGGUGUUAGAUCCAAUGAAACACUAGUCUCUGAUACAUGCCAUAACUUGUCCAAACAGUUAUGAAUCUUUAAGGUACAAGCAUUUAUAAUAACUCAUAGAUGUUUAACACCAUCACAUUUUA